GGAAAAAAAGUUGGAUUUGCAAUUGCAACUUCAUCGGAGAAAACUUUUGACGAUGAAAUGGGGCAGGCGGAUCCUCUGUUUAAAGAUUUUGUCCGUAAAUGUUUGGCGUGGAAUCCAGAGGAUCGAAUAACAGUCAAGGAAGCCUUGAAACAUCCCUGGAUUAAAAACGAAAAAUCCUUGAAAUACACAACUGAAAUUGGCAAAAAAAAGAUGGCGAAAACUGAGGAGUGUUUUAUAAUGACUUUGGAAGAAUUGGCAAAAUUUGCAGAUGAAUCUGUUGCAGUAUCAGACUUGGAAGAAAAGAAGAAAACAAUUACUAAUGUUUUGGCUUCUUUGAAUUGCUCUAUUACAGCAAAAGCUGAAGAAAAAAUUCUUAAUGACAUAGUUAAUGCUGAUGGAACACGAAUUAUACUGCAGGCGCUUUGUGCAGAAUUCGCAGAGACCGAUUCUGAUGAAGAAUUAAUGAUAGACGUCCACAAACUGCUCUAUAAGCUUGCGCCAUUUGAUCAAAGAUUCUCUCUUCGGGUUAAACUUAGCCAAUGUAUUCCCAUAACUCUUAGUCUAUUAAGAAUACAGGUAGCAAAUAUUCAGUCCAUCGUGAAUCAUAACUCGCGUUAUACGUCUAUCCGAUUGCCCAAGAUCUCCCAUUCAGCUCCAAUAAUCUCUAACGCCAACCAACAGACGCCUAGUCGGAAUGAAAGUCGCCGAUCUUCACUAAAUAUUCCUCGUCUCCCCACCUCUUUGACCAAUAGAAUCAACAUCCUGCUUAGAGCCAUUCUCUGCUACUGCUUUCGUAGGGGUCGGUCUAAUACCGCUACCUUGGGACGUCUCGGUGUCCUAGGUCUUCUUUGCAAGGUACUGAUGGUUGUUUCGGGGUUAUCAACUACUCAGACGGGAGUUUUUCCUGCAUCAGAUGAGACUGUAAAUAAUAGAAUGAGGGUGGAGAAAUGCACUGGGAACGCGUUGAAGAUAAUGACCAACUUCUCAAUUAUCCACCAAGUUUUGGUGACCAUGACUGCUAUUAUGAAGUGGCGGGACAACGUGAUUCGGGUCGUGGGUUUGGGGGGUGUCUCCCUUCUCUUGGAUCUCUUGUUGGUUCUUCACCCAUGUGAUGAUGAUGAACGUCUUAUUGAUCUUCAACUCCUCACCAUCAGGGCCUUGCAAACAAUUACCGAACUGAGAGCUGGAAGAGGUGCUCUAGUUGGCGCGGGUGGACUAUUUUCUCUCUUCUCUCUCUGUGCCAAUAGAGUUUCUGCCGUCAAACAAUCAUCCUCGUCUCCAACUACCGUUAUAUCCCACCAUUCCGAUCGACAGGCAACUGACAUGGCAGUCAGCAACCAUCUUAUCAUGCAGUCCUCUUCUUCUGAAACAUUGGAAAGCCUGUAUCAACCGUGGCGAAGUUCUGCAACCCUAAUGGAUAAUUCUUCUGUUUCUUCAGGAAACUUCUCUAGAGAAACUACUCCACUAGUGCAUACGAUGUCUUCGACAUCGGAAAAUUUACCUUCGAAAAAGGAGAGGAUAGCAAAGAGUAUGGAAUCGGUGAUGAAUGGAAUUUGUGACCUGUUGAGACGGUGUUGUCCUUAUGUCCCUCUCCCAGUAUCACCUCAAGAACCAAUUCUUCGAGUUCUUUUUAAUAGAGGCAAGUUUGAUUCUGAAGAACAGCGAAUGUUUUCCCUAUUUUUGCUUUGUCAAUGGGUGCUAUGUUUUAUCAAAUGCUUUAAAACUUCCGAGUUUAUAAAUAAUAAAGAGAAUUGGUUAGCAUACUAA